AUGGCGGCAAUACGACCAAAUAAACGAUUACCAGUAGGAUCGACGGGAUGGGUAACGGAGGAACGAUCAAAUGCGCUGCAGCUUGCAGAGACAGAGGCAGAGGAGUUUACAUUUGCCGCGAGAAACGAGAUUGAAUGGCUGAACGAACAUAUGGCAGAAAUCUUCACCACGAAUCAAGUGAACGUUGCCGAAAUCUUCAAAACACCGGGAAAGUUACGUGGAAAGACUCCCAGAACGGCUAGAAAGUUGAAUCCAUUGGAAGUGCGCGCCCCAUUAUCUGAUGUAUUUUCAGCGACACCUCAAGGAGCCCCCAGUCCAUUCCGACAAAACCAUUACGAGCGAUCACCUCCAAAAUUUCGAGUGGCAGAGGACGCCCCGGCAGAAUCUCAAGAGGAACCUACUCAAUCGCAGCCCACUCCAUCACAACCUACCCCUUCACACCGCCCAUCCAACUCUGACACUGUGCAUAAUAGUGUCCAGCGAAAACCCUCUAUUAACGCGGUUGAUUCUGGAUAUUACGGAAGUCAACUUGAUGAGGCGACUCAACCUAAUACCCAACUUACCGAACCCGCUACAUUCGAAUCAACUCCACCCCGAGCUCUUACACCCCGAGAAGAUACCGUCGAGAAUGAAAAGAAUGAAGAGACUGAGGAAACUGCAGAGAAAGAAGGAAGCGAGUCUGAGGAGCGGACAGCACACGUCGAAGAGAAACCAGUUACAAGCGCAGAGCCCGAAGAGAGACAAAUCAUCGAGGACUCGUUCCAAUCUGCACGAGAAGAUUCGCCUGUAGCGGCCACCAUUGAGGUAGAAUCAGAAACAAAAGUUCAGCAAAUACAAGAAGAAUCAGAAGAAGAGGAAGAGGAAGAAGAAAGAGAAGAAGAGGAAGAAGAAAGAGAAGAAGAACAAGAAGAAGCAGAUCAAGACCGGAUCAUGGAAUGUGUCGAGUAUCCAAAUCUUGAGUCGCCAACUCAGGGUCACAGCACAUUAGCCCAUCGAUCACCGGAAAAGGUUGCCCAGCAAAAAUCCCCAUCCGAAUCUCCUGCAAAGCCUGAAUCUGCCAUGAAAGAAGCCUCUGUAGAGCCGCAAUCUUCACCGAUGGUUCCUCAAGAUGAAGAUGAGCAGAUGGAUGAUAUCCCUGAUGCUCAAUCUGCUUCUGAGGGAUCAAGUCCAAUACGCCCCAUUUUUCGUAAGAGCAGUUUGAAUUUUGCUUCUCUGCCUGCGCGAGACUUGUCCAAGAAAAGUCUUGGGCAUCGUACUUCGCGAAUAAGUCAUCUAGACCAGACACGUACCAGUCAUUAUGGUCGACCCACGGGUGGAAAAAGUCUAGGUAAUGUUAGAGAAGACCUCGCAAAUCAAGAUGAUAACGAAAUGGACAUUGAUGAGAUGCAUGGCACAACUGCACGCGAAGAACCCGAAGCAGAAACAUUAAUGGCACGCAUUCACAAUAAGACUUCGACGCAACGUCUUCAGGACCAGAUCAGUAUGCUUGGCCAGUCCCAACCAACAACUAGGCCCUCAUCCAAAUCGCUUGUGGGCGGUAUCAUUGCGUCGCGCCAGUCGACCCAAGCGGUUCAACCCCCAACACCACAACUUGGACAAGAAGAAUCAUUGUCACAACAAAAGGACACGUCAUUUGCUACUCCAGGCGCCUUCCCCGAAGACGAAGAUAGCUGGAUUGGACCUCCAACAAAAGCGUUAAACGAGAAGUCUAUUUUCAGUCCUCGCCCAACAAUCGCCAAGACUACAGAUGUAAUGGAGAGCAUGCAUGAUAAGGAAACUGUUGGUGGAUCUGAAUUUAUAUUUCCCAAAAGGGGCGAAGAAGGAAGGCAAACCUCGCCUGCUCAUGAAACGAAUGUCCAAGGCCUAACUAAAUCUAUCUCGACUUCAUUUAUAUCCUCUGCUAAAAAGGCGGUUGAAUUACAGAGUCCCAACAAACUAAAUUCGGUCUCCAACCCAAGCCUUCCCAUUAAUACAAUUGAUGAGGAUUCAAUAACUCCUCCAAAAUCCCCCCCAAGGACUCUUCGGGGGAGUCCUUUGAAGGUGGCGAAGGACAAGUUUUCCUCGAUCCUCAAAUCCGGAAAAACCUUAUUUGCUAGUAGUGCAGCUGCGAGUGCUGACGCAAAAAUUGAAACUCUAUCGCCACCAUCUACAAGAAUUCAUCAUCACAACGCACCUUCCUUCGAAGAUGUUCUUCCAGGUGAGACGAAUGACAUGGAGGUCUCUUAUCCAAAAAUGGAUAUGCACCUCAACGACCGAGCCCCCAACCGCUCUCAAAGUCCUGCUAAAGCUACCACUCGCAGAACUCGAGCUUCUACUGAAAAGGAAGAGAAACGCAAAGAAGAGGCCGCUAAAGAGGCCAAAGAAGCGCAAAAGAUGAAUGACCAAUUGACGAAGGCACGCAUGAAGGUCAAGGAGGACGCGCGAAUUUAUCACCAAGAGCAAGAGCGAGCGGCAGCCAUGCAGAAGGAAAUGACCGCCCGGAAAGAGCAAGAGAUACUGGCCAAGUCGAGCCAAGUUGACGGACCAAAGGCAACUCGAAGCAGCCCACGGAAAACUAAGGCUCAAGUGGAAGCAGAGGCCAUGGCAGCAGCCGCAGCUUUGUCUGUUAAUAUAUCUUCAAGUAAAGAUGUUGAUAUGACUGAUGCAAUGGUAUCAAUGCCACCGCCUUCUAUUCCAAGGCCAAAGUCUCAGAUUGGGCGACCACAGGCUAAACGGCCAUUGAGACCAGUGAAAGACACUGCCCCCAAAGCGAAGGCGCCCGCAACUGUUAUACGUGUAGACACUAGCUCUUCUCGUGGUCAACAGUAUCAUCCAUCUAAUACAACACUUGCAGCAACUUUAGAACAAUCAUUACAAGCUUCCCAAGCCGGGCACAUGCGAAACAAAGCUAGCACCAGUUCAUUACAAAGCAAGGCCUCCACUAACAGCUUUAAGGCGCAGGCUAACAAAGCUCUGGAGGCUGCCGCAAGAAAGAAGGAGGCGGAUGAACUUGCAGCUCAACAGAGAAGGGACGUAAAGCUAGAAAUGGAACGCCAACGAGCCGCCACCAAAGAAGAGCAAAGACGACAGAAUGAGCUCAAUCCUAAACGUGACCAAGAGCGUCAACGUGAGCAACAAAAAGAAAUUAGUCUCAGUGAGGCUAAUAAGAAAGCCAUUGAAAGAGCGAAGCAAAAGAGAGCCCCCCCGCCAGCUAUCCGACCUCAGCAAAUUGCCGAUCAAUGGCUUGAUAAGUCAUUGCCACCAAUUCCACCGCAAAGAAAUGACCUAGGUGGACAAGCAAAAGCUACCCGUAUAAACACUGCGAAAGCGCCCCCAAAGAGACCUUUGCAGGAGAGUAGUGAAGAAGCUGCUCGUCCAACAAUGCAGCGAAACGGACCCUCAAAUCAUGGUGAAUCACGCAACAAACGUCAAAGGACUAAUGAGUAUCUCGAUGAGGAGGACGAAUUAACGGAGUCUCAUCCUAAAAUGACUGCUCCGCCGAUCCGACAAUCUAGCAUUCGUCCAAAGGAGAUGCCCACAAAGUCGUUGUUUGCAAGUGGAUAUGCUCAUGCCCCACCGCCUGCUAAUUUGCAAAGAUCUACUAUUGUGUCACAACACCAAAACAAAGUUGGCAACCCCAUGGAUAUGACUCAGGUCGCUAAAGGAGCCAUCCCGUUUGCAUCGAGCUCAAAUGGACAGUCAUACAAAACACCAGCACGUACUGCAAGUCAUGCCUCAGCAAAGGCAGCAAGAUCCGCAGCAAAAUCAUCGCCACGGUACGAAAACGGAGAGAACAUUGUUCUUCCAGAAAUCCCUAGCGACAGUGAAGAUGAAGACGACGAAGAUGAAGAGAAAGAAAAGAAAGAGUUUCAGGGUCUUGGUUGGACAGAUUCUCCCGAGAUACGCAAACAAUUGGCACUUCAGGAAUCCAUUGACCCAUCUAAGAUUUUUGGGCGACCUCAAGCUUUGAAUAUGGAAGAAGUAUUUGAUAAGAGCAAGGAUCGAUUCCAUAAAUUCCGAGCCAGGACAUCCAGUGCCAACUGGAGUGGACCUGAUCGUCUCACGGAAGAGGAGGUCCGUAAAGAUAUGGAAGGGAGAGAUCGAGUAAGGAGGCAAGGCGGUUGGAGCUACGAUCCCGCAUUCUGA